CUGUACAUGCUUUUAGUCAACAGACAGAAUACAAGUCUGAAGGAGGGCCAUAGUUCUGUCCUGUGGGUUUGAACAAGACUAAAGUCUCAAAAUGCCCAGAAGAAACCACCAUCCAGAUGGCAACUUUUUCAGAGGAAAAGGACACAGCUAUCUUGCAUUAGAAGAAGCCCUGGGUAUUGGAAUCUUCUUUUUGGUGCUGGCCAUGCUAUUUAUCUUUGGCUGCUGGUAUUACAAGAGAUGUAGUGGCUAUAAAAGUCUACGGAGCAAAAGCACUAGCAUGGGCACAAUACGAACCGUGGUAGGUGAGGGAAGAAUAGUGGACUGCAAAAUGGCUCUGCAGGAGUACAGAAACUUUGAUUCUGUGGUACCCGAUGCUCCACCAGCUUAUGAAAAAAUUGAUGCAGAUCAGUUACCACCACCUUACUCACCAUGAUCUUAACAACAGAUCUUAAACUUUGAGAACAUCAGCACAAUUUCUUCAUGCUCCCUCUUGAUUUCCU